AAAGCGUCUGAGGCGUCUGUUGAAGAAACAGUCAGCACAGAAAUGUCUUUUCUGUCCGUCCUGCUGCCUCCGACAGGCCUCCUCCUCCUCCUCCUCCUCUCCUUCAUGUCGUCAGUGGACAGCUCAGAGUCCAGCGUGCCCCACCCAGUCACCUGUGUGACCCGGGGAGCCGACCUGAUGCAGGACAGGGUGGUGGUGCUAUGUCCUCCUGACUGCACCCAGUGGAGGGGGGCGGUGUUCGGGACGGGAAUCUACGCCUCCGUCUCCUCCGUCUGUGGAGCUGCUGUCCACAGGGGGGUGCUGGGUCCGUCCGGAGGCCCCGUCAGGGUCCACAAGCUGCAGGGACGCCACAACUACAUGAAGUCCUACGCCCACGGGAUCCAAUCACAGCCCCUGACCCAGUGGAGCGCCUCCUUCAGCCUCACCAACUGUCAGAUGGACAUCGCCAUGGUGAUCGACAGCAGUAACAACAUUGGACAGCGAAGGUUCAACUUGCAGAAGAACUUUGUUGCCAAACUGGCCGCCAUGUUGAGGGUGGGCCCGAUUGGACCACAUGUGGGAUUGAUACAGGCCAGUGAUUCUCCCAGGACAGAGUUCCUCCUCACUAACUACACUCAACCUAAAGAGCUGAUGUUUGCCAUCAAGGAGGUGUCUUACCUGGGAGGAAACACCAACACAGGUAAAGCCAUCAUGCAGGCAGCAGAGAGCUUCUUCAUCCAGGAGAACGGGGGGAGGCGAGGUCACCCACGGGUGAUGAUGGUGCUGCUUGACGGGUGGCCGUCUGACGACCUGGAGCAGGCGGCCAUGUUGGCCCGUGAGUCCGGCAUCAACGUCUUCCUGGUGUCUGUGGCCAGGCCGGCGCCGGAGGAGCUCGCCAUGGUGCAAGACAAGGACUUUAUGAAGAAGGCGGUUUGUAAAGACAACGGCUUCUUCAGCUACCUGAUCCCCAGCUGGUUCAGCACCACCAAACAUGUGAAACCUCUCAGCCAGAGACUCUGCUCGCUGGACGGCCUGCUCUGCAAUCGUUUCAUCAACCACUGGUUCCACAUCUUCUGUUUCUCCACCAGACGAACAGGACCAGGCCGCAACUUCCUCAUCGUGGUGACAGACGGUCAAUCGUAUGAUGACGUGACAGUCCCGGCGCUGGAGGCACAGAAACAAGGCAUCACCAUUUACUCUGUGGGCGUGGCCUGGGCCCCCGUGGAUGACCUCAGAGCGAUGUCAUCGCAGCCCAAAGACGGACACACCUUCUUCACCAGAGAGUUCACCGGACUGACAGAGUUCAUCCCGCUGAUCGUCAGAGGAAUCUGCCGAGACUUCACCGAGAGCAACUGACAACACACACACACACACACACACACACACACACUGACACACACAUCUGUACAAUAACAUAUUACUGAGUCUAGAAAACAGAUGUUCACAAACACAGAUGUUCAUGUUUAUACACUGACGUCUUUCACUGAAAAACUGAACCUGAAACCAAACAUGGUAACUUUGAUAAAUGAAACCAAACUAAAGUCUCAGAAUUAUAAAAACACACACGCUGUAUAUAAACGCUUCACAUGUAACAUGUAUGUAAAACAACAUGGAAAGAUACAAUUUACACUUAGAACCUUUUUCUAUUUGAUAAAUCCUCAUCACAUAUGAAAUCAUUCACUCUACAGUUAUCUUUCAAUGUGAAUCAUGAAACACUUUAAAUAACUUGAGUCACUAAUGAAGAUUAUACAACAUGAGCUGUAGCUCUGAGAUCGUUUAGAAUCCAAGAUGCUUCAUUCAAUUACAAUUAUGAGAAAACUGGAGCAGAACGAUGUGAUAAUGAGAUCAGAUUCAUAAUUAUAACUUUAUAUCUGCAUCUUUAAUUCAUAUAUGAGAUCCUGUACAUAACAUCGAGUUCUAUCAUGAGAAAACGUCUCCAGAUAAUUUGUUUGUCCUUUAGA